CCUGCGAUCCCCCCCCCUCCAAGGGAGGGAAAAAGCAUAAUAAUUAUGGGAGCAUAACUAUAAUGAGCAGAAUCAUCGUGGGGCGAGAGAGAAAUAAAUAAAAUAUUUACAAAUAGCCCUGGUGGGGCCUGAGCGCGGCUCCCAGCGGGGGGGGGGGUCAAAGGUCAGGUGGGUUUUGGCGGGAGAUAGCGGCUUCCCCAGUGCUACCCUCCUGCCUGAGGAGCUGCGGCUGUUAUUGGGCAAAUGGGGGCGGGGACUUGUGCUGGUUGACAUUACCACCACAACCACCGACUGGCACUUCACUCUCGCCGGCCUGGCUGGCUCCGCCACGGAUCACCGCACCGCUGCUAGGCUUGAAGAAGAAAAGAAGACGAGUCCCGCUGAGCGCACCCCUCACAUCAAAGGUGUACCUGAUGCUUUGCAGAUCAAUACAAGACAACAAAAUUCCUGUCCUCCUUCAGACCUAAGUCUUCCAUGGAACCUACUAGCCAUCUAGCUGGAGAUAAAUUGAGGGGCAGUCAGACGCUGACAGACCAGAUGGAGUGAGAGAGUGUUUCCGGGAAACCCAGAGGAAGCUUCAAGCAGGCAGCUGGGGGUGUUCUGAAGAAUAAAAAAUGGCUCCAGUUAAAAUCAACCAUGUGGUGUCCUUCACCUCUCAGCACCCUGCUUCUGCUCUCUCCCCUCCCCACUGGUCUGGUGCAGGACCCCAGGUAUCCAGUGGAGAAUCUGCUGCAUGAUGAUGACAUUCACCCGUGGCUGAGCUGCCCCCAGGAUCGGAGCAGGCAGCUGAAAGUGGAGCUGCAGCUGGAACGGGCUAGUCCUAUCGGCUACAUAGACAUAGGGAACUGCGGCUGUGCUUUUCUCCAGGUGGACGUGGGGCGCUCCUCCUGGCCGCUGGACCAGCCCUAUGUUACCCUGGUGCCCAGCACUACACUGAUGACGCCGGCUGACUCAAAGCUGGACAGGAACCGCUCCGGGGUCCGGAUGUUUAAAGAGGGGGAUUUCCUGGCGGCGGCGCUGGGCGAGAAGUGGGAUCGCGUGAGGAUCACCUGCAGCCAGCCCUUCAACAAGCAGGCCCAGUUUGGCCUCUCCUUCAUCCACAUCCGCACCCCGUUGGACCCCAAUCACAGCCAGGCGGCUCCGCCCCCGCCCCAGCCCCAGAUGGGUCACGAGCCCGCAGCCAGCCCCUGGCUUGCCAGCCCCGCCUUUCGCAGGGCUUUUUUCCCGGAGGUGCAGCCGAGCAAGGGGGAGGAGGAGGAGGAACUGAAGAGCCGACUGCAGCUGCUGGAGCCCAGCUGCGGGCCUCACCCACGCAGCCCGGCCUGUCUCAGCCGGACAGCCAGGAUGGUGCUGUCGGCGGCCCAGUCGCGCAGCCGCGCUCUCCAGCUGGGCCCCAGCGCCACCUCUUUGGCCGCUGAGAGACGGGCGAGCAGCCGGGGGCAGCAGGGUGAAGAUCCAGCCGUGAGCCCUACAGCAGCAGGCCCCAUGCAGGAUGUCCAUGACGCUCCACCCCUGAGGAAGGUCCGGGUGAAGCCAAGCAGGAGACGAAGAUCGCAAGGUGCCGCAGGUCAAUGCCCAGGCCUGGCACCCAGGGAGGAAGAGCCAGGGGCUGGGGAGGAAGGCCCAACAAGUUGGAUGAUCGUGGAGAGGCAGGCGGGGAGAUGGGUGUAUGCCCCAUCUGUGCGGGCUGCUUCAGCACAGAUCUCCUUCCCGUUCACGCCUCUGCCUGUGGGGAAGAUGGCUCCCUUCCAGACACAGCCUGGCCAUCCCCACCACGGGAAGAUCCCCAGCGCGAGGAGCUCCCUGAGGCUUGGGUGCCAUGCCCCAUCUGCGAGUUCCGGUUCAGCACGGCAGAGGUGGAGAGGCAUGCCAGCACCUGUGGGGAGCAGGCAGGAGCCCUGGAGACCCCCCAUUCCUGGCUGUGGGUGGAAUAGGGCUGGCAGGGCCAGGUCGGGUCGUAGAGGCACAACACUGGCACAUGCCGCCCUAUCCUCCCCAUCAGCUCCAUUUGAGGUAUCUCUGUGUGUGAACCUCGGGGUCACUCUGCUCAGCUGGGUUGGAGCCUCCUUUGGACUGAAGGGCCACAGCCGUCAUGGUGACCCUGGGACACAGGCCACAUUUCAUGGGCGUCCUGGAAUGCUUCCAGCCCUGGGGCAACUCCAUUGACUUCAGAAGGGUCACACCAGGGAUGGACUAGGAGCUGUACAGCACAGAACAAAACGAUGGUCUUGCCCCAAACUGCUUACAACCUAAGCGUACAACAAGAGACAACAGACGGAGACAGACUGAAGUGGGAGCACAAGGAAACAAAGACUGUAUCAGCCAGCACAGCAGGUGUGGGUCUCGGCACAUCAGUAGCCUGACUACUGUCAAGUUUUUUUGUCAGCCUCACAGCAAAAGAGAGUUGAGGGGGGGAUUUGAAGGACAAUGAUGACUCAGCCAGAGCCAGACAGACGCACACAUUCACAUACACCUGUGAUGCAGGGAAGGAAUUUUAGUAGUGUUGGUGGAGCUGUGUAGGUCCCAUAUUAGAAAGACAAGAUGCGGGAGGAAAUAUCUUUUAUAGGACCAAUGUCUGGUUGGUCAGAGAGACCAACUUUCGAGCCACACAGAGGUCUUCUUCAGAUUUGGGAAAGGCACUUGGACUGUCACAGCUAAAUACAAGGUGGGACAGGUUGUUAAGCAUAAGGCGUUAACAUAUGUUGCAAGAGACCACUCCAGGUGAAGUGGGCAGCUAACUCCUCUGCAGUCACAUGCCAAAGGAGGCUUAGCAGCUUGUGGAUUGUUGUAAUGAGCCAUAAAUCCAGUGUCUAUAUCAAAUCUGUGAUUUUUGGUGUCUAGCAAAGUUAAGAACAUAAGAACAGCCAGACUGGGUCAGACCAAUGGUCCAUCUAGCCCAGAAUCCUGUUUUCCGACAGAGGCCAAUGCCAGGUGCCCCAGAGGGAAUGAACAGAACAGGGAAUCAUCAGGUGAUCCAUUCCCUGUUGCCCAUUCCCAGCUUCUGGCAAACAGAGGUUAGGGACACCAUCCCUGCCUAUCCUGGCUAAUAGGCAUUGAUGGACCUAUCCUCCAUGAAUUUAUCCAGUUGUUUUUUUUUUAACCGCUGUUAGUCUUGGCCUUCACAGCAUCCUCUGGCAAAGACUUCCACAGGUUGACUGUGCGUUGUGUGAAGAAAUACUUCCUUUUGUUUUAAACCUGCUGUGUAUUAAUUUCAUUUGGUGACCCCUGGUUCUUGUGUCAUGUGAAGGGGUAAAUAAUACUUCCUUAUCUACUUUCUCUGCACUAGUCAUGAUUUUAUAGACCUCAAUCAUAUCCCCCCUUAGUCAUCUAUUUUCCAAGCUGAAAAGUCCCAGUUUUAUUAAUCUCUCCUCAUAUGGAAGCAGUUCCAUGCCCCUAAUCAUUUUUGUUGUUCUUUUUUGAACCUUUUCCAGUUCCACUAUGUCUUUUUUGAGAUGGAGCGACCACAUCUGCACGCACUAUUCAAGAUGUUAGGUAUUUAAGCUCCCAGGCUCGUCUUUGGAAGGUGUUGUGCAGGUUUCCUUGGAGGAUGGGAAUUGAGAGGUCAGAUACGGAGUGAAUGUUUUAUGAAAAGUGUCUCCUUUCCCCCACGUAGUUGUUAUGGGGGGUGAGCUCAGGUGGCUAGCCUGAAGCAUCCACGCUGCUAUUUGUCGUGUGCUGGCUCUGGCGAAGCUAGAGCGCAUCUGUCUACCUGGCUGGGAGACUCACUCCCAGCUGCCAUGUUAGAUGUACCCUUAGAUACCAAGGUGACAGGUAGGAACAGAAACAGGGACCCCACUUAGAGGGAGGACAGCCUUGUGGUUUAGGCGCUGGCCUAGGGGCCAGGUGCUCUGGGUUCUAGUCCCAGUGCUGCUGUCGUGGGUCUAUCACGUCAUCUCUGUGUGCCUCAAUUCCCGUCUGUAAAAUGGAGAAGACAAUAAAGCUCUUCAGGGCAGGGCAUGCCCGUUA